UUUAAUUGAAUAAAAAAUUGUUCUUUAAAUUUCGAACUGGCUUCAAGAUCCAAUAUUCAAGCAUCGAAGGGAUGUUGACGACGACGAUCCGAUCCUCCGCCCCAAAUGGAUCAGAAACCAUCUCAUCUCCAAAAUCUCUCAAAUCUCGUCUCAAAAACGGCGAAACUCUAUACGGAAUCUUCCUCCUUUCAUUCUCCCCAACAAUCGCCGAAAUCGCCGGUCUCGCCGGCUAUGAUUACGUCGUCGUCGACAUGGAACACGGCCACGGAGGAGUUUCCGAUGCACUCCAUUGUCUACAUGCACUCGCCGCCGCCGGAACUGCUGCUAUUCUCCGACUUCCGGAAAGUUGUCCUACUUGGACCAAGAAAGCUCUUGAUCUGGGUCCUCAAGGGAUUAUGUUUCCUAUGAUUGAUAACCCUAAAUUAGCGAGAGAAGCUGUUUCUUAUUGCAGAUUUCCACCUAAAGGAAUUAGAGGAUCUGCUCAUACUAUUGUUCGUGCAUCUGCUUAUGGGAUUGAUACUGGUUAUCUUAGUAAUUAUGAAGAUGAUCUUCUUAUAAUGUGUCAGGUGGAAUCGGAAGAGGGUGCGACAAAGAUAGAUGAGAUAGCGGCGGUGGAGGGUGUUGAUUGUAUUCAAAUGGGUCCGUUGGAUUUGAGCGCGAGCAUGGGUUAUUUAUCGAAUCCAGGUCAUGAGAAAGUGAAGGAGGUUUUGAGAAAGGCGGAGAAGGCGGUGCUCGGCGGUGGAAAAGCUUAUUUGGCUGGAUUCGCCAUGGCUCACGACCGCCCUGAAGCUAUUAAGGGAAGAGGCUAUCAUAUGGUUUCUGGUGCCACUGAUUUGGGCAUGUUCAGGGCUGCCGCCGUCGAAGAUGUCAAGAGGUUUAAGAUUUGUUUAAAGGACACCGGAAAAAAUGGUGAAUAGAUGAAGAUGAUGAUGAUAGUUUUGGUAUCCUAUCCUUGUCUUGCUGAAUCAUGUUUUUUUGUUUUUAUCUAGAAUUUAGAUUGUUGGUUAUCAGGAUCUCCUAUUUCAAUUUUUCUUAAUUUUUAAUAAUUGAAAAGAA